UCAAAAUCUUGCAAACCCGAUUUUUAUUUGGACCUUUCCCGCCAACUUUGAAGACAACAAACUUUUUUCUAACUUCUUUUUAAUUUUAUUUGAAUGCCACAUCUUACACAUUUUGGUGUUUUCUGAUAUGCUUGGCGAUUGUACAGCAUCUCAAGGACCGAUUCAGACACAUACAAGUGCAACGAUGUCGACAGAGGAAAUAAUAGAGGGAAUCCCUGCCAGGAAUCCAUUGUCAAGUCCACCUGCUAAAAGGUUGAAGCAAGCUCGUCUACCAUUCCAAGUACUGGAUGCAAAAUCUCCAUUAGUUGCUUCUUCACCAAGUCAAAAUAAACGCAAGCUAGUAGAUGUUCCAGGCAAGAAAAAACUGGAUGACACAAAACCAAAGUUAAAAAAGUCUAUAUCUGGCAACAGAGAAAUACCGAUUGAGAGUGGCGAUAAUGAGGUCAGCUCAAGCAGUGAGGCAGAACCCCUGAACCACAAUAAACUUGUGGAUGUUAAGCCUCAUAAAAAGCCAAGUCUUCUUGAGAAGUUUGUGAGGACUGUCCCAAAACAGGAAGAAGUGACUACAUCUGCUCCUGAUCUAGUUGAAGCGAUAGAAUCAAAUGAUGAAAUCAAAGAGGAGAAUAUUAUAUUGAAUAACGAAAAAUUAGAACCUUUAGACUCUGUAGCAGAUACAAUCGAAUCAGUCAUAUCUGCAAGUACUAUGGAUACAGUAGAUUCUACAAUUGAAUCCAUUGUUUCAAGUGGAAUUGAGGAACCGAAUUCUACUAAUAACCUAACUAAAUCAACAACUGAUAUACCCAAAGCAACAAUUGAUACACCCAAAUCAACAACUGAUACAUCCAAAUCAACAACUGAUACACCCAAAUCAACAACUGAUACACCCAAAUCAACAACUGAUACACCCAGAUCAACUCAUUCAACCCCUGUCCAGCACCGACCCAUAUCAUCCUUCUUCAGUUCUCCUAAGCCUACUAGCAAUACUGCAAUCAAAUCUAUGUUAGAGAAGACACCAGGUUCAACACAUGAUAAAACUCCUUUAUCUAACAGCCUUUUAGAGACCCCUAAAUCCAGCAAAACAUCCCCAAGGAAUACUGAAGAUGCUCCAAGCACAAGUGAGGUUGAUGCCCCUAGUACAAUUCAAAGUAACACACAGGAAAGCGACACCCCUAAUAAUGAGCUUGAUACAUCAUCUAAUUCUAAGACCCCUAACAGUGGUAAGAAGGCAAAGUUAGCUGUUGAUAGACAGAAGAAAAAGGAGGAACGGGAAAAAGAGAAACAAGAAAAGCUGAAGAAAAGAGAAGAGGAGAAAGCGGAGAAAGAAAAGCUUCGUCUGGAAGAAAAGGAGCGUAAAGAGAAAGAAAAAGCAGAUGCUAAGGCUAAGAGGGACCAGGAGAUACAAGAGAAGAAAGAAUUGAAGGAGAAGGAACGAUUAGAAAAACUUGCAGAAAAGGAGGAAGAGAAAAAAAAGAAACAAGCCAUAAUUGAUGCCAAAAAUGAGGAAAAGCGAAAGAAAGAAGAUGAGAAAAAGCAGCUUGAAGAAAAGAAGAAACGAGAUGAGGAGGAAAAGAAAAAGAAGGAUGAACAGACAAAGAAAGCUUUCUUUGGAGCCUUCUUUAAAGCUGCCCCUAAGAUAGUGACAGCCCCAAAGGUUGAGUCCCAGGGGCCAUUCAUGCCAUUUCAAGUCAAGAAACAUAUGAAGAUGGCAGCCAAACCACGUCCCAAGCUGGAAAACACAGAGGAGAUGGACAGCAUGAUGUCAUCACAAGACUCAAAGCAGCUUUACCUUGAUUUGUUGAAAUCAAAAGGACACACAGCACUGAAGGGCAUAAAGACUUGGCCAUGGCCUGAGGACCAAAAGGAUGAGGUGGUUGAAGUAGGGGCGAAGGGGGUCAAGCGCUACAUUCAUGUGAAAUUCCUGAAGUUCCGUGGAAAUGAGGAUAACCAUUUCAGGCCUGCCUACUAUGGUACAUGGAAGAAGACAUCUAAGCAUGUCACUGGGAGAAAUCCUCUAGGAUUAGACAAGAAUGUAUUUGACUAUGAGUAUGACAGUGAUGAUGACUGGGAAGAGGAAGAACCUGGUGAGAGUUUGUCAGACUCAGAGAAGGAAGAUGAUGAUGCCAAAGAAGAGAAGAUGGAACAGGAUGAUGAGGAAGAUGAUGGAUUCUUUGUUCCCCAUGGCUACCUCUCAGAUGAUGAGGGAGGAGAGAGUGCUGAUGAAGACUCCAGCCCUGGUAAGAUGAAAGCACGGCAGUUACUGAAAGCAAAGGCAUUUGACAAUGAUAUGAAGAAGAAAUGUGACAAGAUGAAAUCUUUGUGUAUGGGCUGCGUGUACUUGGAUCAGAAUAUACAACAGACCAUUCUAGACACUCUGCAGCAAUUUGAGGCAUGUAGUUUACUGGGCGACUUCAGUGCCCCUAUACCAACAGAGCUAAGUGGAGGCAUGAAGAACCUCACAUUGGAUGAUCCAGAAGCACGUAGCAGAACACCUACUGUUGAUGAUCUCAAUUCAUCUGCAAAUUCUGGAGUGAAGCACGGUAGCAAGAAACCUGUACCAGAUGAAGCCUUACCUGACUUGAUUCGAUUAGUACAUAUGAGUACACAGGGUUGUAACAAGCUCAAGACAGAAUUCAAAGAGUUCUGGAAAAGAAAAUGCAUGGGAACAUUGGAACAGAAGGUCCCUGUGGCCACAGAUUCCAAUGAACCUAUGGAAAUAGAUGGAACUAUCACUCCUGGGACUUGUCAAUCUCCAGUCCCCAAUGGUCCAUCUCCUAGACCUGAUAACUCCAAUUCGCCACAAAAUGAUCAAUCCACAACUUUAGACAUCGGAACCACUCAGGAAUAUCUGAUUUCAAACAGGCAGCUGGAGAAGACAAUUCGUUCUAUUGCAGUGUGGGAAAGACGAGAGGAUGUGAAACGUCUUUGCUGGAAUGUAAAGCAAGAUAUCCUCGAAAUGCAUAACCUCACUGAUUUAAUAUUCCCAAAUGAAUGGGUUUAUUGCACCAAGAAAAAUAAAGCAAAGGAGGAGACUGGUAGGAAUACACCUGGAGGAAAACCUACCAAAGUAACCACUCCCACCCCCAAGCCAACUACAUCCACCACCCCCAAAGCUAAAAAUUCUAUUACUCAAUUUACGGUCACCCUGCCCCCACCUAAGGAAACAGGCCCUGUGAAUCUUGUAAAACCUAAACCAAUUCCUGCUCCUCAACAGUUUGUCUCAAAUAUGGAAAGAUUUCAAGCAAUGAAAAAGAUAACAACCUCCCCUGGUAGUCUAGGAUGUACACCCCUUAGCCAAACAGCCACGGGGUCCUCACCUUUGAAUACAGGAGCUUUGGCUAGCAAUAUAAUAACCUCUUUAGCACAAAGACAAACAUUAUCAGUUAAACCAGUUCAACAUAAAACUAUGCAUGGCAACCCUAUCGUAAUGGCCGUGAAGCCAGUGAAUAAACCAAAUGCCAAUAACUUGCAUCCAGCUUUUAAAAAAUGUCUUAAUAAGGCACCUGACAAGACUCAAGAACCAGCCCAAAAGUUUUAUAUAUCGAAGCCCAAGGCGCCGGAAGUCUAUGUAAUACCUCAACAACCAAAACAGCAGUAUAGAAUCAUGGAACAGGAAAGGGAGGUGAUUUUUCUGGGAGAUUCACCCAUUAAGCAGGGCCCUAAUGCAGCCAAAUCUAGUUAGUAGAGUGCAGUGAUACAUUGCAGUAGACCAGAUUCACAUGUUGAAAUUUCAUUCAUGUUCAUACAUCAUAAAUCACAGUCUAUUGCACAGUCACAAGAAAUGGUGAUCUCUGCUUUUACAUGGAAAUUGAUUUAUUUUCUUAAGCCUGUGCUCUAGACUACAAAGUAAAAGUUAAAUACGUCAUCGAUCUGUUAAGUAUUGCUGUGUAAUGUUACAUCUUUUCAUGAGUUUUCAACAAAUAAAUGACAUAGCAAGUGAUUCAGAGUCAUAUCUUUGACCAUGAGUCUUCUCAUCAUAAAUAUGACAUUUCUCGGCAAAAUAUAUGUUUUCUCCAAUCCGCAAAACCAUGGAUUAGGACCCUAUCUCAACACAUUUUUCAAAAUGUUAUUUCUAAGAAGAUAAUCUUGUUCUUCUCCUUUUUAUUGCAUAAAUAGAUAAUACCUCUACAAAGUUAGAAUGGUGUUGAAAGUUUAAUUUGGUGACCAAAAUUAGGCUGAAAACAAUGGACAGCAUGUUUUUCCCUACAGGAAAGGAAUGUGUUGUUUUCCAAAUUCAUCCCAUUUCACCGUCAUUGCCUUUUCAGCAGUUAAUACUGACAAAGUGCAGAAGAAACUAAUGAUAUCAGGAUGUAGUGAAAUGAGAAAAGGAAAAUAAGUCUGACAUCUUGAAGUGUGUAGAGAUGGAGUCCGUAACAAUGGUUUAUUAGAGAUUUGAAUUCUUAAUAACUAUUCAAUGUGUCAGUAUUUCAUAAUUCCCUUUUACGUGUUUCCCAGGAAUGCUGUUUUUGUUUGUUUCUUAUCUACCAUUUGAUAAUAUCAGUCUGAACACAUGUUUCUUAGUUCAUAUCUUUUUCUUAUUCAUCUUAUAGGCCUAGAUUAGAAAUGUAAGUAAAUUAAAAACAGACCACCACCAUAGGAAAACUCUUUCAAUUUCAAUUUAUUGUUAAAUAAUACACAUGGUUUACAUAAUUAGACGUAGUAGAUAGCAUCAUUUUAAGACGAUUAUACCCACACAUACAAGAACAGAAUAUGGUGUACAAAAAAUAUCUUAAAUCUUGAUCUGAAGUAUUGUAAAAUCUUUGAAAGUUGAAUUAUUUUAACAGGUACCAAGGGUGCUCCAAUAAGACAUGUUAUACUGUGUUAAGGCUAUUCUAAGCUGAGGGUUGAGUCAGAUAAAUGUUGGGAGUAAGUCAAAUAUGCAAUAAUGUAAAUGUAUCAUGUAAAUAUUGUAAUAUGAUAGAAUGGAUGUAGAGCAGUUAAAAGGUAGAAAAGUACUAACAAUUUGAACUAAGGCAGUUGUUUGACAAAGAAUGAAUGUGGAUAUAUUUUGAAGGUUUAAAACAAAACAAUAACUCUUGGCCAUGAAUGCCUGAGUAUCAUCUCAAUUUGAAAGAUUUCUUGUAGAUUGUGUUGUAGACUUGGUACACUAAUAUUUAGCAGUAACGUUCUUGUACAUUGACCUCUUAAAUGAAUGCUAUUCUGUCAUAUGGUAUUUGAAGGAAUACUAUAGAUAAUUCUAAAAAAUGUUUCAUGUCUUUUACAAAAACCAAUAUGAAAUGAAAUUAAUCAUAUUAGAACAAGAUCAAUGACAUAAUCAUCUUAUUAUAAGACUGAUAUCAGAUUUCUGUAUAUCGUUUCAGUUACAUCAUUAAAACAGUUUAGAAUAGAAGUAGAGAUACUCAACCCUCUCACUGGUAAUAGGCAAAGGUAAAAGCCCCUUUACAGCAGGCUAAAAACUUGUAAUUUACAUUAAAAACAAAAGUAUUUGGGGUGAACAAGUAGAUUUUGGUUUUCAGAUGAAAUGGCUGAUAUUUUAUUUCAUUUGUUUUGUUUUUUAGCUUUGUAAUGUUUCAAAAUCAUUUUAUUUGAGUUGGUCUUAGCUAGCCAUUUGGUGUGGGGUUGUGUUGUCGAGUUGUGGAAAAAUGUAACGACUGUAAUAUUUAACAAAUGCAAGUUGUCUGCUGGGCUGGUGAGCAAUUGUCGGGCCUUAUAUAUAAGAAAAUAUUACAAAAAAACAAUUUGUCAUUUAUUUUUAAGAAAGUAUGUUCCAUACAGCCAUUGGGUGAAAAAGAUCUCUGUGUUCAAGUGAAUGUUAUAUAGAAUUUUAUUAUACUAUUUGUAUUAUUGUAAAAUAUAUAGUCUGUGCAACCUGAUUGCAUGGGAAUAAAUAUAUUGACUAUGAAA